AUGGGCCGCAAGAAGAUCAGAAUCCAGCGCAUCACAGACGAGCGCAAUCGCCAGGUCACAUUCCUCAAGCGCAAGGCCGGGCUGCUCAAGAAGGCGUACGAGCUGUCGGUGCUGUGCGACUGCGAAAUCGCUGUGAUCAUCUUCAGCUCGCAAAACAAGCUGGUACAGUACGCAUCAACAAACAUGGACAAGGUGCUGAUGCGGUACACGGACUUUGGCGAGCCGAACGAGAGUCUGACCAACACACAAUGCGCGUCCAUAUACCGCGACGGCGACGCCGACGACCACCCGCUCAGCGCGCUGGACGCGCCCAACACAGCCAGCACGCCAGGCAUCGCCCACAGCGACAUGCCGAGCGAAGUGCACUCGCCAGAAAUGCACCGGUACCAGGGAGCGCAGAACGGUAUGCUGGGAGGGCAGAUGCUGGGCGUCGCGCAGCAGUACAUGCCGAACCAGGGCUUUUCGCCAGCGCUGGGCGACGAGGCCGGGCUGUCGGGCUCGCCAUACUAUUCGUCGCUGCCAUACCCGAACGCUACCACGCAGCCAGGCAUGUACCAGCCGCGCGUAAUGCCACAGACCACUCUACCAGGCUCCAUGCCCGCCUACCCGCAGUACCCGGCGCAGCGCACAGCGACGCAGCCGCUGGCGUACCCGCCUGUGCAGCGUGCCUACUCGACGCUGGCCGGCUAUCAGCAGCCCGUGGCCAGCAUGGCCAACAUGCCACCGGCGAUUGCGCAGCAGCUGGGUGCCAGCGAUUCACGCCAGUACGGUAUGUAUCAGGUCGGUCAGCCGUACCAGCCGGGCCAGGUCAUGGGCAGGCCGCUGGACUCGUUCCGCACGCGGCUGGCGGCGCCGCCCGCUGCGUCCGCCGGCGUGCCCCCGCAAUACAUGGUCUACCGGAUGCCCGAUGGCUCGCAACCUGCCGACCCACAGCAGGCAUUGCACACUAUUGCCGAGGACGAAGCAGACGAGGAGCCGCAGGAGGAGCCGCAUGCCGAGCUGCAGGAGGAGCCGCAGGCGAGCCAGGAUGAGGAUCCGUCGGCAUCCGCCAGCCCGGCGCGCCAGCCGUCCGAUGCCGAGGCUGAGGGCCUGCGCGUCGAAAUCCCCGCCACCCGGUCGCGCUCCGAUGCCGGUCUCUUGCGUCGAUCGGCGCGCAGCGGCCAGUCGACGCCCGCCACUGCCCGCACCAACCAGACUGACCCGUCCGCCGCCAAGCCCGCCCGCCGCCUGCCGCCUGCCGUCAACACCUCGGCGCGCCUGGCCAACCCGCUGAACGAGCCCGGCCCGCAGACCGCCAUGCUGCUGGAGAUGGCCCAGAACCUGCCUUCCCCAUCCACCUUCUAUCCGCAGAUCUACCAGCAGAACGAGAACUUCAGUCCGCUCGAGUUUGGCACCACGCCGAUUAUCGGCCACCAGCAGCAGAGUGCCUUCCAGUGGCCCGUGCCCGGCUCCGUUGCUGGAACCAGAGCUCCGCACCAGCCGUCGCCCCUGAAGCGCUCGGUCGAGAAGGGCGCGUCACCUGGCCCAUCCACCAAUGCAGCCACGGAUCUUCCGUCACCACGGAAACGCACUCGGACUUCCCAGCCAACAUGA